UACAGGGAAGGCGUCCCGAGUGUCCCCUGCCUGACGAGGGAGAAUGAGACCCAGCACAUGGGGGGCAGCUGCACCCAGAAGGAGACAGAGGUCCCUCGCUCCCGGGCACCGGAGACACGUCCCAAACCGGCCAAGAGUAACGGCAGCCUGCCGCUCCCCCUCCCCCUGGUGCUCCCCUCUCCCUCCCCCGUCCAAACCGUCCCCUGCCUCACCAGAGACAACAGCCAAAAUGACAACAUCUCCAACACCGAGCGAGAGAACGAGAAUGUGAAACCUCGCUCCCCUACGAAGGCGCCGCAGACUCUCCCCAAACCCACCAAGGGCCUCGUGAACCUGCCCUCACCUGUGCAGACCGCCCCCUCACCUGUGCAGACCGCCCCCUCACCUGUGCAGACCAUCCCUUGCCUGACGAAGGAGAGUGCGGAUACCUGCACCACCGACAGAGAGGCAGAGAACCCUCCUCCUUCUCCCUCUCCCACCAAGGACUUUGAGAACGUCCAGUCUAGUACCACCAAAGAACCUGAGACCCUCCCCUCAGACACUAAGGAACACUCCGACGCCACGGUGACCAGGGAGCCCAGCGGGGAUCCUGACCGCCCUCCCUCCGCCAUCAGCGACCCCGAGAACAUCCGCUCAGCUGACACGGAGCCCAAAAAUAUCCUCUCUGCUGACAGACACCCCGAAAACAUCCCCAGCUCCCCCGACAGGAACCCUGCGCCACAGCCGGACAAGGCCAGCUGUACCCCUGGAGGAGAGGAGGAGGAGGAGGAGGAGGAGGAGGUGAAGAAAGAGCAGGAGGUGGAAAAGAAGAAGGAGGUGAAGGCAGAGGAGAUGAAGGAGGAGGAGCAGGGGAAAGAGGAGGAGGAGGUGAAAGAGGAGAAGAGAGAAGAGGAGGAGGAGAAAGAGGAGAAGAGAGAAGAGGAGGAGGAGAAAGAGGAGAAGAGAGAAGAGGAGGAGGAGAAAGAGGAGAAGAGGGAAGAGGAGGAGGAGGAAGAGGAGGAUGCAGCUCAGCAGGACCCAGAGAGUCCCACAGGAGCGGAGAGCAGUGAUGAGCAGCGGCAGGAUAACGACGAUCCGUCAACCGGUCCAUCACCCGGAAACCAGACAGGAAAACCUGACGACUCACAGGAGGGGCAGGAGGAGGAGGUGCUACACGAUGAGGAGGAGGUGGAGUUACACCUUGAGGAGGAGUCACAUAAUGAGGAGGAGGGGCUACGUAAAGCAGAGGAUUCGGCAGUUAAAGAGGAGAGAGACGUAUCGUCUGCAGAGGGAGGGGGUGAGGGGGUUACAGAGGAGAGCAGCUCUUCUGGAGAGGGAGGGGGUACCUAA